AUGUGGAAAUUAGCCAUUGCAAAGUCUAUAACGCAGCAGAUUGGCGCCAUCAGAUGCAGGACGCAACAUUACAAAUGCCUCUCCAAGUUGCAAGGAUUUCACACCACACAUUUUCGUCCUGCUGUUGUGCCGUAUCUUCUCGCCGAUAUCGGGGAAGGUAUUACGGAAUGUCAGAUCAUGAGCUGGGCGGUAAAGCCUGGUGACCAUGUGAAUCAAUUCGAUGCGAUCUGCGAAGUUCAAUCUGACAAAGCUUCCGUCGAGAUUACUUCCCGAUACGAGGGCAUAAUAAAACAGCUUCACUACAACGUUGACGAUUUGGCAGCCGUCGGUUCACCUCUUGUAGAUAUCGAGAUUGAAGAUGAGAUUUCGCCCUUGAGAGCUGAUGAAGAAGCCCUUGGAACACUCCAAGGUACCGAAAAUGUCUCGAUUGAUGGAGCUGUAGAGAAGCUGGUCGAUACUAUCAAGGUCUCGGCACCUACCACCGCCAACACCCAUUUUGCCACACCCGCUGUCAGACGACUUCUCAAGGAAAGCAACAUUGAAAUUUCACAAGUCCAAGGAACAGGUAAGGAUGGGCGUGUCUUGAAAGAAGACGUCCAUCGGCACAUCAUGCAACUCUCAAAUCAGCCUGAGCAACAGAGUGACCCAAAACUAGGUGACGAGACUGUUGCCUUAAGUCCCGUCCAAACCAAGAUGUUUCAGUCAAUGACUGGCUCACUUUCUAUCCCUCACUUUCUAUACACUCACAGAGUAAACUUCUCGCCUUUAACUCUCCUAAGGAAACGCGCGGUUGAUCAGAAGAUGUUGGGAAGCUUGGAAACGACGCACCCUGAAAAACUUACUGCCUUACCUAUCAUCUUGAAGGCCGUCUCCGAAGCUCUCAAAAGAUAUCCGAUCAUGAAUUCAAAUCUCGCUAUUGAGAACAUUUCUUCUCGUCCGUCCCUCGUCCUAAAGUCCGCUCACAACAUUGGCGUUGGCAUGGAUACACCAUCCGGUUUGCUCGUCCCGGUCGUCCGCAACGUGCAGAAUCAUUCAGUCUUAUCUCUUAGUAAGGAGCUUGCUCGUCUGUCGACACUUGCCAAGGAAGGCAAGCUCAGCCCAAAGGACCUGUCUGGGGCAACCAUUGUCGUUAGCAAUAUUGGGAGCAUUGGUGGAGAGGUUGUCGCGCCUGUCAUUCUUCCUCCUGCGGUAGCGAUUCUUGGCAUUGGAAGGUCCCGUCAGGUGCCAGUAUUUCAGACCAAUAAGGACGGAACAGAGACUAUCACGAAACAAGAAGAGGCGAUCCUGAGCUGGAGUGCUGAUCACCGUGUUCUGGACGGGGCAACCGUAGCAAGAUGUGCACAGAUGGUUGGGUCCCUGCUAGAGAACCCCGAAUUGAUGAGCUUGAUAUGUCAUUAG